UGGAGUGCGAACGGUCGAGCGGUGCUUGUGUGAGAGACUUUUCGACUUUUCUAUAUUUUUAAGGGCCGUGGCAGUAGAGGAUAGCCUAUUUUUCUCCCGACAAAGCGUGUUAAGCAAUCAAUUGAAAUCCUGCGAUUGGGUAAAUCGAGUGUUCAUUCCUGAUUCCCGCGUGCAUUUCGAGUACUUACAGACGCGAUUUCCGCACUCGGGUGCACUGUGCUUUUGUUUAUACAACCUCCGGUCGCCCCACAUUUUCUGGUGAACUUGUGCCGCCUAGCGGUGUUGUCACCGCAGAAAAUCGAAACUCCCUUACAGUGGGAGUGACGCAGGGCGAAGCCGAUAGUUAACAAAUUUCCACGGAAACCUGAAGUGUGCGUAACAUCGCUUUACAAGAGUGUUUCGUAGAGUAGCCCGCAACGAAUCGAAAUCGUGCAUAUACAUAUAAGCCAGCUGAUUCGGACGUGUGCUGCAGCGAAUCAAUCCCACUGUGCAAGGGUCGAAACAGUCGAGCGGCAGAAAUUCAUAAAACAACAGCUAACAAAUUCGACGAAGAGACAUACGCAAAAGAAACGAAAGAGAGAGCAAGCUUAUUGGGUUUUUGUUAUACUCGUCUGUCCAACAACAACAAUUCCUUUAAUGUAAGAUAUAAUGUAAAAUGCAAUGACACAGGACCAACACACAGCAUUGGUUGCAAUAUAGCACAGAAACCACGAAUUCACCAACUCAGCAGGGAGAUCAGCGUUUGCACUGAAGGCUUCUAGUUGGAGACGAGGACAUAAAUCAUUAUCAGGCGCCAGCGAGGAGGCGAGAACAGUGAAAGCAGCGAUUUAGUUGCACCACAAGAGACGAAUUAAUCAUACGCCGCGCUGGUCGUCCCGCCGCCGAUAUAAAUAUAUAUAGAUAUACAAUGCCUGCGAAUCCGCCUCCGCACCACGCGCCGCGCACUUGACACGGGGAGUGGCAGAGUAGCCGGAGAAGCAACUGAGGCCGAGUUUUGUGUUCGAUUUGUGUUUGUUAUUUUUUGUUUGAUAUAGCCGGGCGCGCUAAUUCGUUGGCAACGAAUCGAAAAGUGUUUGAUUUCCGCGAUAACAAAGUACCGUAUGUGGCUGCCACGGCAAAAUCCGCUUACUGGCAGCACAAACUGCUACGACUGCAUCUGCAAUAGCAACACCAGCAACAUCAGCCACACCAGCAGCAACUGCCGCCAGUUGCCGUCAAUUAUCGCUCAAUAUAUUCUCCGUUGGCCUGUGAUAAACCCCCUAACGUUCUUAAUGAACGACCUUCGGUCCAAGUCAUUCUAUCGUGCAGGCAAACCAACAUCUGCAGCAUCCGCAUCGGCCGCGACCACCAGCGCCAAGUCGUUCGACAAGGGCCGGAACAACAAUCCCCGUACUUACAACAACAGCGGCAAGUCGAACAAGGUGUUCCUGCACUACAUACCCCGCGACCCGCGCCUAAGAAUUUUCAACAAAACCGCCACCCUGAAUAAACACUCGAACCGCACCCUGAGCGAGUUAAACAUAACUGAAGAUCUGUGCAAUUAUGGUGAAUUGAUUGGCGGCGGUGCCGAAACAGUGAAACUGUGCCAGUGAAGUCUUUAGAAUAUCAAUAUCCGCAGAUAACCGAUUCAAUUUGUUCGAUAACGGGUUGGCUGUUGGCGUGCGGAGAGAGCACUGCUUGGACUGCAGUUGGUUUCGCACUGCAGUUGACCAACAGAGAAGGGAAUAUUUACCUACCGCCUACUUAAGAAAAUGUAUGCUGAAAUUUAAUGCAAAUUGUGUUCACUUCCAAUAAUCGCUUGGACAAGAAAGUGCAAAUUUUACAAACCUU